CUCAACACGUAUAAAGAGGCCCGGAUGCAACGUCGUCCUCUGCAGUCCAUGUCGAUCUCUCCAUCCUGGCACGUCCCCGUCUUGUGUCAUCUCUGCUCGUCGCCAUGUUUCCUCGUCGCAUCUUGGGCCUUGCGCUGCUCGCGGUCUCAGCGACCGCCUCGCCCCUCAACCCGCGCCAGGAUGCACCAGCAGCGCUCGACUGGGAGUCUCUGGCGGUCCUGACCAAGGCCGCCGAUGCCACGGUCCAGUCCAUCAUCAAGGGCAAGGACGACAUCUUUGCGGGCGAGCCGCGCGGAGUCGCUCACGCCGUCCGCCAGCUCAUGGCCCCCUUCGUCUGGCCUAACUCGACCUACUACCACGACGAGAGCAUCUUGCCAUUGGUUGACGAGAUGCUCGACGCCCUCGUCCGCUUGCAGUUUGACGACGGCUUGUACUCGGUUGGCAACCGCCACUCGCCUCCCGAUACCGGCUUCCUCAUCGACGAUUACAGCAUCCUCGUCCGCAUCCUCGAGAAGGACGACCACGCCGGGUCUCAGGGCCGCGCGAAUAUCAUCCGCAAGAUGCUCGAGAAGGCAGCACCCGGCAUGUGGGGUGGCAUUCAUACGCCUAACCAUCGCUGGAAGCUCUGUGGUGCCCUUGCUCACAUUUCCAAGAUCACCGGCAACGAGACGCACGUCCGCCGCAUCGACCAGUGGCUCGCCGAGAAGAUCGACAUCGACGCCGACGGCAUCUACAGCGAGCGCAGUCCCAUCUACUACGGAGCUGUAACCAAUCCCGGCCUUAUCAGUGUCGCCCACGAGCUCGGUCGCCCAGAGCUGCGCUCCUACGUCCGCCGCAACCUCGAGCUCAUCAUCGAGCACGCCUCGCAUAUUGGCGAGAUCGAGACGAUCAUCAGCAGGCGCCAGGACCAGAGACAGUCUCCCGGCGUCAACCUGCCCGAUUCGUACCCGCACUUUCGCGAGAUGGCCCUCGAGGACAAGAACGGCCGUUUCGCCGCCAUGGCCCGCCUGACCGAGAAGCUCGCCCCCUCGAAGCUCGGCGACUACCUCGCCAACCUCAUCGAGCGCCCCGAGCUCGCCGCUGUCCUCCCGGCCUCCGAGGAGCCAUUUGUUGACUUCGACAAGCACUACAACACGGUCCGCCUCGUCCGGGCUCGCAAGGGCAAGCUCACGACCUCCGUCUUCGGCGGCACCGACUGGUACACGGCCGAUGGCGAGCAGUCGCCCUUCUUCAACCGCUUCGGCUCCGGCCUGUCGACUAACCCGACCAUCUUCCGCGCCUGGAACGGCGAGGCUGUGCUCGACGCCAUCCGCAUGCUGCCCAACUUCUUCACCAUGGGCCACUUCCGCUCCAGCGGCCUGCAAUAUGACAAAGAGACAGGCGUCACGAAGCUCGGCAACGUCUUCGAGGUGCCCUACUUCCUGCCCAUGGAGCCCGAGCACCUCCAAGCCGACGGCGUCUACGACUUGUCCCGCGCGACUCCCGACGGCCGCUUCUACGCGAUGCUCGACUUUGAAAACCGACCCAAGAGCCUGCGUCGCCUCCAGACCGAUGUGACCGUCAGCCCCACCACGGCCGGCUACGAUCUCGAAUUCGAGGUGACUGGCGAGGAGGAUGUUGAGGUCAUGUUUGAGCUCACCUUCCGCACCAACGGCACCUUCACGAACGGCACCACCACCACCACCACCGGCUCCUCGUACGAAACCUUCCACCUCGUUAACGGCACUGGCACGUACACAUUCGGCAAGGACUCGAUCACUUUCGGAUCGGGUCUGGGCAAGGGCGUCAUCCUCGGUGGCGCCGGCGAGCAGUACUCGUGGAUGAACGGCAAGCUCGAGCUUGUAGGCGAUCAAGUCUUGAUCACAGGCAAGACGCCGCUCAAGUACACCCUGUCUCUGGGAUUCCAUUGA